CGGUUGACAUCUACACGCAACCUCGCCGGAAAUGUUCUUUGGGAAAUGUCAGUCGUCAGUGGAAUUGAAAUAUGAAAUGUCAAGCGUUUGUUUUGCUGGUAUACAGGUUUUGAUAUUUGUUUUUGCCGUUGUUUAUAAAAUGUUGUAAUCGGGAGAUUUUUCAGUUUCAAAUAUGUUUUUUGCAUUGGACUAAAAUUUCCCAGUCCAUGUAAACAAGACAUAGAAGUGGAAUUUUGACCUAUAUCAAGCCAGCAGCUGAUCAUUCCAAAAGAUUUUUCGUUUAUAUCAGGAGAAAAUUUCAUAAAUCCACAAAAUGUCCUACCUAGGCUCUCCAUAUUCAAACUCGUACAAUCAGGAAUUUGAUUACACUGAUGAAAGGUACCUAGAUGAAGAACCUGAACGUGAAGAUGAAUUGCAAGAUGAAAGUGAUGAAGAUACUGAAGAUGCAAGUGAAACAGAUACAGGAAGACAAGAGGAACCCUUAGAGAUCAAAGAGCAGAUGUACCAGGAUAAACUGGCAACACUAAAGAAAAAACUGCAACAACUUAAGGACGGCACUCAUCAUGACUACAAUAAGAAAGUGAAAAAAUUAGAGUACCAGUAUAAGGAGCGCUUACGAUUGAAUACAUUGUAUAAAGAGUACUUGAUGGAGUGUGUUGAAAGAGACUAUAUUCAAGAGAAAAAAGCUGCAGCUAGAGAGUUUGAGGAAAAAAAGAUUGAUUUGAAAGAGACACUUAUAUCAGACUUAGAAGAUAAGAAAAGAACUGUUGAAGUAGAAAGGUACUCUAUGGAAUUGACAGGCGAUUCCAUGGAAGUAAAACCAGUAAUGACCAGAAAACUGAGGCGGAGACCAAAUGACCCUAUACCUCUUCCAGAAAAGAGACGUAAAGCACCCACAGCUCAGAUUACUUAUUUGUUAGAUGAAAAAGAUGUGGAGAAUGAUUUAAGGCUUAUAAACAAGGGCAAACUACCCACACCAAUCAGAACUAAAUCAGAGAGUUGUUCUAGCAGCCCUGGACAAGCCUUAGCUUUACAGCCUAUAUCAGAGGUAUCCCUAAUUGAGACAAGAAUUGAAGAUGGUAAACUCCUCUAUGAAAAGAGAUGGUAUCAUAGAGGACAAUCAAUAUUUGUUGAAGGCAGGGAUUUGCCAAAAUUCCCAGGAAACAUAUCUGCAAUUGGGAAUGAUGCAAUUUGGGUUAAGAAAUCUGAUGGAUCAAAAAUCAGAAUUUAUAUUUCAUAUCUGGCUAAAGGAAAGAUCUCUAUUAAGAGGAGAGCUUCUUAAAUUCUGUAUUAAGUCUUGUAUUAUUAUAUAUCUCUAUUUUGUAAAUACUUUACCUAUAUUAUAUUAUAAUAUAAAUGUUAUUUCUUGUCAUACAAACCUAUACAAAAUCCAACUUUCCAAACUUAAAUCCACAAUACUUGCAACUCAUCUAUUUGAGUGUCUAAUUUUAAUUUUCACUGAUGGUAAUACUGAUAUUCAGUAGCAUAUCAGAACUAUAAGUAUUGGUUAAAAUUUAUUUAAUUCUUAGCACACAUGAAAUGCAGUGAGCAGAUAUCAGCAUGUUGUUCUAUUUUUUUUUUUCAGAAAACCAAUUAACUGUAUUCCUGGAACAGAUAUACCCUAUUUCACGAGUAUCCAUCACAGUAGAAUGACAGGUGAUUAUUUACUAAUAUCUCAAAAUUCCCCAUACCGGCACAAGACACAAUUCUGACGGAUCCGUCAAGAUCAGGUAGUCAGAGCCGUAUUUUGUUUUGUUUUUUUGUAAGCUCCAGAUGUCCUUGCUAAAAGCUCUUUUAUUUAGAUAAGUUCAUUUGUUUACAAAAAACAAAACGCUGCAAACAGGUUUUACACAAAUAUGUCACUUGCUGAUUGGCUGUUCACCUCAGUAGGCGUCAAUGCGUGAUGGAUACUCGUGAAAUAGGGUAUAAGUAUAUAUUGUCAAUGUCAGUCUUUGUACUUUGAAAAAGAUCGCAGACGUGGCCAAAACAUUAGCAAAGAGUCGUUCCUAUAUAUGUUGUUUAAUUUUACCAGAAAAACAAGUUUUAUUAUAAUUUUGUUGAAAAAUAAAACGAUAAUUCACAUGAGGAAUAGA